AUGAGUGAAUCAACGAACGUGUAUACGGAUGCAAUGAAGAAAUGGAUGGGAGCGCUCGAGAAAAAAGAAGAGAAGAUCAACCGCGUCAGAAAAACAGUUAGCCCAGUCUUGGACGAUUUUGACUAUUCGAAACCGGACACAGAAGAGGAACUGGAACGUUGGAUUGAGAAUGUGAAAAAGAUGCAGAUGUACAUUGACGAGAUCCCAGAAGUGUUGAAUCAGCUGAAGAAACUCACAGGACAUCUUGAGAAAGAAGAUGAAGACCUUGUUGAGAAUAUUUUAGGUAGAUAUGAUGAACAUUAUACCGCGAAGAACCUCGAGAACUUUGAGAACAUCCAGGACAAGAUGAGGCAGUUAAAAAUCAGUCCAGAGAUGAUGGCCCGCCAAGGAUUACGGCUUGAAGACGGCAUCAUAAAGUGGGACUUGCAGUUGUCACAUGGCAGGAGAACCAAACGGGAAAGCGAAGGGAAGAGAGGUAAGGGAACCGGACGUGGAAGAACCCCCCAGGAAGAGGUGCCCGACGGACAGGGACGGGUCGGUGUCCCACCUGCUCAUUCGCAGGUGUCUUCUGAAGAAAGUGAUGGAGAAGUUGAGUUGGAGAUAGAAUUGGAAGGCGAACGCAAAAGAUUCACCCAGGAAGAGGUGCCCGACAGACAGGGACGCGUCGAUGGCCAACCUACUCACUCAAAAGUGGAAGACCUCAGGUAUGGAGCAGAGAAGUUCUGGGAAGGUAGAAGCGGAAGAAAGGAAAAGCAUCAGAAGGCAAUUGAGAACGCAACUUACACAACACGACAACCCGAAGAUAUCGACGUUGAAGAUCAAUUCCUGAAGUCGACAUCAUGGAACAAACACCAUGAUGAACCGGAUUUGAGAACACGAAGAUUGAGUAAGUCUCUGCGGAGCAACGAAAUCAAGUCUCUGAGGAGCAAAUACGAGAAGUCUCUGCGGAGCAAAUGUGAGAAGUCUCUGAGGAGCGAACAAACGAAGUCUCUGCGGAGCAACGAAAUCAAGUCUCUGAGGAGCAAAUGCGACAAGUCUCUGCGGAGCAACCAAAUGAAGUCUCUGAGGAGCAAAAGAAGAACGGAUAGCUUGGAGAGCACCGAGUCAGAGGAAGAUGUGGCUAGGAUGAAGGGAAGGACCCCGAGCAGAAAGGCGAGGUUCAGAUCAUAUAGUAGUACAUCAAGUGAAAGCGGAAGAGACCGCAAGUCGAUUGUGUUGAGGAGAAGGGCCGAGAGUCGAUGGGCAAGGUCUGGAUCAAGCAGUCGAGAUGGCGAAGAGGAUCGUCAUGUGGAAUACCGAAGAUUGAAAAGGGAAACCAGUGAUUGGAGAGGAAAUCAGCGUGGUAACUCAAGUAAAUCGAGGUAUGGAUCAAGCAGUCGAGAUGGCGAAGAGGAUCGUCAUGUGGAAUAUCCAAGAUUGAAAAGGGAAACCAGUGAUUCGAGAGGACAUCAGCGUGGUAACUCAAGUAAAUCAAGGACGAACGAAAGGAGACGUUUGGAAGGACAGAGCCUGCGGACACGUUGCUAUCGCAGGUGUAGUUCAAGCGAAUCAAGUUCAGAAUCAGAGUCCGAUGGAGGAUCUGAUAGCAGUACGUCGCAAGGUAGUCGACGAUGGAAAAGAUCGCAGAAUCGUGCUUCACAAGGUAAGAGAAGACGUAAUAGAUCAUUUAGAGAGAGUUCACCCGACGAACGAAGUCGACAUGGACGGAAUCGACGUGAGAAAGAGAAGAGAAACACUCUUAAGAAGUCAAGAAGACACUCAUCGUCGAGUUCAUCAACUGAUAAAGAUUAUGGAAGACGCCAUGAAGGAAGAGAAUUGGAUACACUGUGCUUGUAUUCAGUAUUUGAGAAAGGGAAAUUACGAUGUCGAUGUCUGCAGUUUGAGAAACAUUCACAUAGGAAGUCGCCGAAUGUGACAGAAUCGAUGAUCCCAAAGUUAUAUGAAAAGAAUUACACUGGAUGGAAGAGAUUUAUUAUCCAGUAUAACUCAUUGAUUGGAUUGAAUCCCAACUACUUGCCUAUGCAAAAGAAUGCAUUUUUGAGAGGAAGAUUGGGAAGAGACGAAACCAGAAUUGUAGAAUCGCUGGAUCCUGGAAUGGAAUCGUUGAGAAGAACAUUGAAGUCGCUGGAAAGACACUUUAGCACGACCAAGACGAGUACGAUGAAGAUGUUAAUGGAUUUGUUCGAUCUCCCGACAAUGUACCCAGCAUAUGAAACGCCGAAGAAUAUUCUGAGAUAUUAUGAAGCUGUGCUCAGGCUGAAAGAUGCCAGAUAUGAUAUGCACGAUGAGUCUUUAUUUGAUGCAUUUUUUAGGAUUCUUCCUGAAGAUCAAGCCAACGUAUUGGAGUUUUGUCAUGGUUACGACAGAGCAUAUGACCGUGGAGCGGACCAUUUUGCACAGUGGGCACACGAUGUUAUUGUUCAGAGAAUGAAGAGGCGAAGAUUUGAAAAUUACCGAAGAGAAUCAUUUGGCACUGUUUCAGAACAUUCAGAAGAUGAAAGCGUUGAGAAUAGACGAGUUGACGAGAUGAUAGAGAAUGGCAGAGAACUUGUUCCUUUCAGAAGACCCUUUGAGAACGAUGAUGCCCGAAGGAGAAUGGAGAAGAAAGAGUCAGAGCCGAUCAGGAACGACAGAGAACAUAAGCAGGCUAUAAGAUGCUACUUUUGUCAAGGAAAGCACAACGGAAGGAUGUGCCGGAUCCAUUACUCAGCAUACUUGAAAAGAAAAAGAAUUCAACAGCUGAAAGCAUGUGAGAAAUGUUUGAUGAACCAUUCAGGGAGUUGUGAUGCUGAGAAAUGUGAGAGAUGUGGAGAAGAUCACCACAAAUUGAUAUGUCUAUCGCCUAGAAGGAGAGAAAUUGAAACUCAGAGGAACCAAGGAGCAAUUGUUAUGAUGGUAAGUGAUGAGAAGGUUGAUUGCGAGAAACCAGAUAAGCUGAAUGAAAAGAAUUUUGAUGAAGUACCAGGAAAGUUUGAGAAACCUUUUGAGAACUUUGUGCAAAGAAGAAUACAUCGUCAAGAGUUAUAUCCGAUAGAAAUUGAGAAAAGUGAUGAUGAUUUGAAGAAUUUCGAUGUGGAUAUUGAGAAUGAGAAUCUCGAGAAUAAGUUUGAUGUAUUCAGAGCACAGAAGAUUUUUGGCCGCCGGCAGGGUCCACGACGAGUCGCAGAGACACUUUGUGUCAUGACUGAUAGCUACGCAUUGAGAAAGAAGUACGUGAAAGAUGAUGUAAUUAUCUUUUUUGAUAAUGAAAUUGAAGAGAGAAGCGCCAACGAAAUGUUUUUGAGAAGGAAGAAGAAGAGGAAGAGGUACACCUUGAAGAAGAACAAGAGAGCUCAUUAUGAUGUGAUCCACCCAUUGGAGAAUUUUAUGACAUUGAUUCAACCAGAUGUGACGAAGGUUAUUGUAGUCUUGAUUUUGACCGAAUUGGAAGAUGACGCAGUAGAGGGAUUAAACAAUGUCAUUGAACCUUACAUGUUUCUGAUGAGAGAGAAUUUGAAAGUAGACAUGCUUCAAACUGAUAAUGAUGAAAGAUCGGGAUGUGAAUUGAGAAGGAAAGCUAAGGACCUGAAGUAUGAUGAUUCUGCCAUCGAUGUGAUCAAAUGUAUAAAUGAAGAAGGAUGCAAACUUGAUAACUUUGGACAAAGAAUGAUUGAUCGAUGGGCAGGAUUGAUGAAGGGAACGAUAACGAAGCACUUUGUACUUGGGCGGGCAAUGUCAGAUUCCACGGAACCUGGAGUUAUCCACGAUGUGUCAACUCGAUGGAAUUUAUGGAGAGAGAGAAAUGUCCCCUGUGUCAACUGUUUCCCUAGUUGUUUUUCCCCGAUGUUCGAGAAUGUUCGACGGAGAGAUCCCGAAGCGAAGCGCCUGAUUCACGACACCGUAACCUUCUCCAAGGUUUUAUCCCAUCUUGAUCAGAUAUAA